AUGGCUUCUUCUACUAUUCAGACGGCAGAGCCCGUGAUUCAAUUGAAGGGCGCGGUCGACCCCAAGGAAAUUACCUAUGGAUUCUUGAGAGACAAGGUGCCUGCUCACUGCUUUGAGCGCUCGGCAAUCAAAUCAUUCUCCUACCUCGUCCGCGAUAUCAUCUAUGCAUCCGUCCUUGUAUGGCUGGCCCUCAAGAUCGAUCUCCUGCCCACGCCAUUGAUGCGCGCCUGCGCAUGGGUCCUCUAUACUUUUGUCCAGGGCUGUGUGGGAACCGGCAUGUGGAUCAUUGGUCACGAAUGUGGUCACGGUUCAUUCUCCGAGUACACCAAGCUCAAUAACGUUGUUGGAUGGGCCGUGCACUCUCUGUUGAUGGUGCCCUUCUUCUCGUGGAAGAUCACCCACGCCAGACACCACCGUUACCACGGUCACAUUGAUAAGGAUGUCGUCUUUGUUCCUUCCACCGAGACCGAGGUCAAGAACCAGGAGCCCACUACGCUCAGCAAAUUCACUGAGCUGGUCGAGGAGACUCCACUCUACCAUGCUGUCACUUUGCUCGGUCACCAGGUUCUCGGAUGGCAAUUGUACAUGUUCUUCAAUGUCAGCGCUGGAAACAAGAGUCUUCCGGAGAAGGGAACUGGUGGCCCCAAGAUGUUCAGGAACAGCCACUUUGAUCCCACCGGCUCGCUGUUCACCAAGGCGCAAACCCCUCUGAUUGCCAUUACCGAUCUCGGUCUUCUCAUCGUUGGAGGUACCCUUUACUACCUCGCUACUCAAAUUGGUUUCUGGAAGAUUGCGCUGCUUUACGUUGUGCCCUACUUCUGGGUUCACCACUGGCUCGUUGCCAUUACUUACCUGCACCACACUCACCCUACCGUGCCUCACUACGACGAGGCCUCCUGGACCUUCGUCAAGGGCGCUCUGGGCACAGUCGACCGCCGUUUUGGCUUCAUUGGACGUCACUUCUUCCACGAGAUUAUUGACUACCACGUCAUUCACCACCUGUUCCCUAAGAUUCCUUUCUACCACGCUGAGGAGGCUACCGACGCCAUCAUUCCCUACCUCGGAGACCAGUACCGUCUCGAAGAGGGUCUGUUCUUGAAGGAUCUGGUUAACACCUUUACUACUUGCAAGACCAAGUACGACCCCGAUUCCAAGGGCGAGUUGCACUGGAAGUUUGCCAAGGAGACUGGAAAGAAACUCAACUAG